UACUAACAAUAACAACAAAUAUACUAAAUAUAAUAUCAAUGUUUAUAUAAUAGUAUUAAAUAUAAAACAUAAGCAGUAGACAUUGACAAUCAAUUACUUAAAAUUUUUCACUUGUACGUGACAAUCUCGGACUAUUGUUUGUUUUCAUAAUUGAGUAUAACAUAAAUCAUAUUCUUUAUAUAUACAUAUAUUCAUACAUCGAAAUAGUAGUAGCAGCUGCAGUAGAAGUAGUAUAAUAUAUGUUUAUAAAGUGUAGGUGGAUAUAGAGAUUUAACUUUGCCAAUCAAAUGUCAUAACUAUCAAGACGAGUGUCGUCACGCCCAAACAUGAAACAUUAACUCAGCUCAUGUCCACAUACAUUAUAUAUAUAUAAAAUAUGAGAAGUAGAAAGCGAGCCAACUGCAAAUGUUCACGCGCGAAAGCAAAGUUUAUCUUGACAACUUGAUAUUGUAUGAUAAUUUACUAUUUUUUGUUUUUUUAUUUAAAUAAUUAGUUAUUAAUAUGUUCAAAAGCAAGAAAAUUUAUUUUUGAUUCCAGAAAAACGAGAAAGGAGUUUCCUGGACUUGUACGCAAUUUAUCAGCAUACCGUACAUACUGCAAGUUGUUUAUGAGGCAAUUAUCAUGCUCUUUGCUCUUGCUUCGCCUAUUUUUGGUGAGGAUGCUGUAGAGCCGAAAAAACAAGAGAAACGUGGAGUUAUUGGUCUAGGAUAUCCAGGAUACUCUGGACAUUAUGUCGGUGGCCAUGCUUAUGGAUACAACGGACUUGGACAUGGUUAUGUACAUUCUCCUUACUACCCAGCAUUGAGUCACGGAGCAGUAUCACCAUUAUUAAGUCACUCAGCCUAUACAGCUCCUGUAGCACCUGUUGCAUCUGUAGCUCCCGUACACGGCUACAAUGGUUACCAUUCACCUUUGUACACUUCUCCACUUCGUCUUGGUUACCACGGAUUAGGACACGGUUUAGGAUACUACAACAACUGGUAAUUGGUUCCACAUUAUUUGGCCAGAAGAAGACAAAUCUUCAUUUUUCCGGAUCACUUCUUCUCACUUCUGCUGGC